AUGGACGCGGAAAGCCAGACUCCACCUCAAAAGCCAGAGGAUAUGGACCAGAAGAAAGAGGAACCGAUGCAGCCUAUCCGUCAGGAUGCCUUUGGUGACGAGGAGUUUGCAGAGGUCAAGUACAAGGUUCUCAAGUGGUGGCAAGGAGGACUGCUCAUGGUCGCUGAGACUAUCUCCCUGGGCAUCCUCUCGCUUCCCGCGGCUGUUGGAACCGUCGGACUAGCUCCAGGGCUCGCCAUCCUUAUCAGCAUGGGCAUCUUCGCCAGCUACAACGGCUACGUUAUUGGACAGAUAAAACUGCGAUUUCCUCAUAUCAGCAGCAUGUCUGAUGCGGGUGAAGUCCUGCUGGGCCCGUUUGGGAGGGAACUCCUGAAUGCAGCACAGAUACUACUGUUGAUCUUCAUCAUGGCGAGUCAUAUCUUGACAUUCACUGUGGCCCUGAAUGUCAUUACGGGCCAUGCUACUUGCUCCAUCAUCUUCGGAGUUGUGGGAGCAGUGAUUUCGUGCCUGCUAUCCCUGCCUCGGACGUUGGAGAAAGUCUCAUGGCUAUCGCUCGUUUCAUUUGUCAGCGUCUUCUCCGCAGUGAUGGUCACCAUGAUCAGUAUCGGGAUCAUCAACCCACCCUCGACAUGGGUAGCCGCCAAGCACACAGAUUUGGUGACUGGCUUUGGGGGCGUCACAAACAUGGUCUUCGCAUAUGCCAGCCAUAAUUCCUUCUUCACUUUCAUUGCGGAGCUUAGCGACCCCAGGGAAUUCCCAAAGGCGCUUGCCCUUCUCCAAAGCAUUGAUAUCUCGCUCUAUAUCGUUGCUGCGGUCGUUAUAUACUACUUUGCCGGCGAGGCGACAACAUCACCCGCUCUGGGGUCUACAGGUCCUUUAAUCUCCAAGAUUGCAUACGGCAUUGCCUUGCCUACUAUUGUCAUCGCAGGUGUGAUCAACGGCCACAUUGCCGCCAAAGCCAUCUAUCUGCGCAUGUUUGUAGGAACGGACCGGAUCCACAAGAGGGACUGGAUUGCUGUCGGCUCAUGGAUAGGAAUUAUGGUCGUGCUCUGGACCAUAGCUUGGAUCAUCGCCGAGGCUAUACCAGUGUUUAAUGACCUUAUCGGGUUGAUUGCCUCACUGUUUCUGAGCUGGUUUACCUUUGGUCUGCCCGGUGUAUUUUGGCUGUAUAUGAACAAGGGAAUGUGGCUCUUGUCGCGAAGGAAGAUUUUCUUGACUGUUGUCAACGUGUCUUCGAUAAUUAUUGGAUUGGUUGUGUGUGCCCUCGGGCUUUACGCAUCCGGUGUCUCGAUUCAUCAGAAUCCGGCGGGCUCUGUUUUUUCAUGUGGUGCUCGCAGUUAA